GGCUGGAGGAGGAGAUGAGGUGGUGGCGCCGAAAGGCAAGACGAAGGCCAAGGCUCAGAAAGCUGCUGAGGCCGGAGGAGAUGAGGCGGCGGCGCCGAAAGGCAAGAAGGCCAAAGCUCAGAAAGCUGCUGAGGAUGAAGGAGAUGAGGUGGUGAAGCCGAAAGGCAAGACGAAGGCCAAGGCUCAGAAAGCUGCUGAGGCCGGAGGAGAUGAGGUGGUGGCGCCGAAAGGCAAGAAGGCCAAAGCUCAGAAAGCUGCUGAGGAUGAAGGAGACGAGGUGGUGGAGCCGAAAGGCAAGACGAGGGCCAAAGCUCAGAAAGCUGCUGAGGCCGAAGGAGAUGAGGUGGUGGCGCCGACAGGCAAGGCGAAGGCCAAAGCUCAGGA